CGGUUGGGCUACCCUUUGUAAUUUAAUAUAAAAAAGGUAUAGGAGUGACAAAAGGCUUGCAUGUUUAUUCAAUAAAUUUAAUAACCGCAUUGUUGACGUAUGCUUUUCAACACCUAAGGUGUGAGUAAUCAAUACUGACAUGGAAACAAAAACUGCUUCAAGUUUUUGGUGGUUGAAAUCUGCCCCUUUGACUACAGAAAUUCAAGACAGCGAAAAUAACCUUGUAGUUCCCAAGCUAGACCUACAUUCUUCUAGUUCGAUAGCCAAUUUGUUGGAUAAAGACAAGAACAGUAAUUGUGAUUCCGAAGUGGAUGUAGGAAGUAUAAUCGAAGAGAUUAACAGGGUUGCUGCACAGAGCCCUUUGGGUCCUUAUGAGAAAAGUGUAGGGGAUAGAAGUAUUGAUGAUAUUAUGAAGGAGGCAGAAAGAAUCUAUAUGGAAAGCUCAAAGAGCUUUGAACAGCUUAGCCAGAGAAGCAAAACUUCUCAGAAUAUAAGUGAUUUACUCUCUAAUAUGUCAAAAGAUUCUACCCCUACACCAAAAAGUGUGAGCCCUCUUCCAAUUGACCCAGAUCCUGAAUAUAACAGUGAAAGUGAUGAUGAUGAGUAUACUACAGAUUUUUCUGAAGAAAGUAAAGUGGAAUCUAAUCCGUCCCCUAUCGAAAAAACUGAUAAUCAGAAAUUUACUGAUUUUGAUGAAGCUAAUAAAAACACAUUACCCUCUAAAGAGAGUAAAGUAGUGUCUUCCGAAGACGAAGUUAAAAGUGUUAAAGAAACUGUUGAAGAUGAGAGGUCUCUAAGCAUUUCUAAAUCAAACCUUUCAGUAAAGAAUGUUCCAAUUUCUCAGCAGGGUAGUGUAAAUAAUACAUUUGAAAAAAGUGAAAAUUUUCUCGAUGUAGUAACGACAGAGAAGUCUAAACAGGUUUUGGUUAGUGAUAUAGAUAGUGAAAGACUUCAGAGACUUAAUGAAGUAAUUAAUUUAAAGAAUGAUUUAAUAAGAACCUUAGAAGAUGACAACAAAUCUUUGAAAAGCGACAUUCAUGAAGUUAAGUUGGAACUUCAAAAAACCAGGGAACUGCUGGAGAGAACCGCAACCGCCUUAAAUGCAAAAACCGUAUCAUCCCCAGAAAUAAAUCUAGAACUGGAAAAAGCCUUGGAGCACCUAAAGGAUUCCAAAGAAAUAAACACGGCGUUACAACUGCAGUUAGAUGCAGUGAACAAAACUCAUCAACUGCUGAAAAGUUCUUACGACGAUUUAGCGACAUCUAACAAAAAUCUAGAACGCCGUGUUGUGGAACUAGACUCCACCCUAGACAAAUACAAGAACGAACUACUAAAUCUCCAGAAAACAAAAGACAAACUUCUGGAAAACGAAGUGAGCUUGAACAAACUGUUAGAAAUCGAAAAGUUGCAAAGCAAAAGUCUAAAAUUGCAGAACGAAAAAGACGCGAAAUGUAUCCAGGAUUUGAACAGGCAAAUAAAAGAAAUGGAACGGAUUAUAGCCAGAAAGCAUCCAGACUCUGUCUCUGCCUUAAUCGUAGCAGCGAAAGAAAACGCUACCGAUUCGAAUCUGACCGCCAGGAAGAUCCUAGAGGAUAGAAUCAAGACCCUGGAACAAGAACAGCUGAACAGAGAGACCCAGUCCUCCAAAGUGUUCCUGGAGAUACAAGAAAAGUUCAAUCAGAUGAAAUCCAAGUACGAGAACCACAUAGAAGACCUAGAAUUGCACGUCAGUGACUUAAAAGCUCAGUUGAAAAGGAAAACUGACACUUACGAUGUGUAUACUCAAACGAUUUUCGACGAGAAAAUCCCUCAGAAGGAGACAUUCACUGUGUUCACCCAAACCGACGCGAUACCUACUAAACCACCGAAAAUAGUGCCUGUUAACAAACCUCAACGGAUCAACGAGAGCAUCAAAGAAGACGCUCACCUUCUAGCCACCAUCAGAGGCCUUCAGACAGAUUUGGCUAACAAGGAGAAAGUAGUGACUAGGCUCCAAAAAGAGAUCGAAGACCUGCGGAAGACCAACCGAAGGCUACAGAAGGAAAGGGAGGGUAGCUUGAGGAGCCUCAGCGACAAGAGGGAGUUCCGCAGCUACCCCGAGAAGCUGGCCUUGCAGAGCAGGUCGAGUAGCAUCAGCUCCGAGAAGGAUUUUCGGAAAGACGAGGAGCUGCAGCAGCUGAAGGCGGAGAGGGACAAACUGAAGCAGCAGCUGAGCAGGCUGGAGCAGGACUAUCAGUCGCUGAAGACAAAACGAAUACACGAUCUGACCGCCCUGCAGGAGGCGCACGAACGAGAAGUGUCGAAUUACGUGGCAAGCGUGACGCCCCUCAGGGAGCAGCUCGAAGUGCAACAGGUGUCUAUCGCCGCCCUGCAGUCGCAGCUCAACGCUGCCAAGCAGGAACUGGCCGUCGUCACCGUGGAGAGAGACCACCUGAACAACAGGCUGUUAAACGCGCCCUUCGACAUCGCACGCCCGAACAGGGAGGGGGAUAACGCCGUGGAAGUCGAGGCGCUUUUGAAAAAGAUUGCGUUUUUGGAAAAGAGAUACGAGGAACGCGAAUAUCGGUUGAGAGCCAUCGUCCACAGCUUAGCUCAAAAGACUGUGACCAACAGGAGUUGCGAACAGUGCGCAGAAAGGCAACAACAGUUGAUAACCUAUAAAGUGGAGUUGGAUCAGCUUCUCGCCACGGUUAGAGCCUUACAGUAAUAUGAUGCAGAAUACCCUCAAUUGAGCAUCAGCAGAAAAUUAAAAAAGAAGUGAACACCACAUUACCGAAAUUUCCAUUUUACUACAUUCGGCUUGAAAAUUUGUUGAUGCUAGUUGUGAAUGUAAACCUUAACUCAAUGUAAUCUUUGCUCAGUGGCAGGACCGACAGUAUUUGCCUGGGGUGGUUAUCAAACAUAGUUUAAAUAAAAAGAAUAUCAAUGAAGUUCAACAAAAUUACUGAGGGAGGUCAAUUUUUACUAACUUUUCGAAUGAUUUUUGUUCAAUGUCGACAGUUUAAACAUAUUUUAGUGACGUCUUGAUUGUUUUCUUGAAUUUCCCAAAAUUAAGCUUUGUGAAAGCAACAAACGCCUUGAUUUACUGAUUUUUUUUCCUCCUACCUUCUAGGCCACUUCACCUCUGCUUUUGCUGAAAUAUCUAUUGACAGUUUGUUGGAAAGUUUAGCGAUUUGAGAGUUAACAUUUGUUAAUUUGGAAGAUAAGUUAAUAAAGGUGUUGUAUGUAUAAAAAAUUGUAUGUUAUGACUUUACACCUCAAUUCAUCAGGUAACAUCUGUAUUCAGUUGUUGAAUUGGUCGCAGUAACUAAAGAAUGUUCUGUUCGUAUAUUGGAAAAUACUGGACUACAUAUGUAGUAGAAUUUUAUCCCAACAUAUAUGGUACGUACUCUAUAAUCGUUAUUUAAUUUAUUAUGUUUAGUAUUUUUGUCCAUAUUUGUAUUUUUUUUACUUUUUUCAUAUUAAAUUUAUUACACAUCUAAAUGAUUUAUAGUAUAGUACUAGCCACAAUGUACUUCCAAAGAUGCCGCUGCUAGUCAGAUAGUCUAAUAUUUUUAUAGAUAUUUAGUAUUUUUAGUACAUAAGUAUAUUUAUAUGAGUUUUAUGAAAU